AUGGAGCCCACCACCGAAAUGAAGCUGAUUCUCAAAGCUGCUGCAUUCCUGCUCUACAGCGCCUGGUUUCUAGGUUUCCCACUUUCUUCGGCCUUCAGCAUUGAUGCGGGUACACAGGUGAUUUUUGGAGGUGAUGCCGCUGCCCAGUUUGGCUAUCGUGUCGCCCAGAUAAGAGCAAACGGCACGCCCUGGUUAAUAGUGAGUGCCCCCCUGUCGCGCAACCAGACGGAGACACUUUUCCGCUGCUCCUAUGAGACGGAGCAAUGCCAGCCUUUGCAAGUACCUCCGUUGCAAGGAGAAAACAUCACCUCUGAAAUAUCCCUGGGCCUCUCGCUGGCUGUUGACGAGGCAUCCGAUUCUAAACUAACAGCCUGUGGUCCAACUUGGAAGCGACAGUGUGGGAAAAACCAUUACCUGAAUGGCAUUUGCUAUAUCCUGAACAAUGUUGACCAAAACCCGAAAGAGAUUCGUCCAGCUUUCCAAGAAUGCGUCUUUGGUGUGGAUGCUGCGAUCUUAUUUGAUGACUCCCACAGCAUUAGUCACCCUGAUUUCACCAUCAUGCUGGAAUUCAUCCUGAAGCUUAUAGCUUCUGUGGCUGGGCCAAAUGUCCAGUUUGCUGUUGUCCAGUUCUCUACUGAAGUCAGCACUGUGGUUAGUUUUGCUUCUUAUGCCCAGCUUGGAGGCCAGGUGGAGGACAUGAUCCGCCGUGCCACGCACAGGCAAGGAAAUACCUACACCCCCUCUGCCAUUCUCCAUGUAGUGAACGAGGUCUUCACACGUGAGGGUGGUAUGCAGAAACACUCCAAGAAAUUGCUGAUCAUCCUGACAGAUGGGGUGUCCAACGAUAAAAGCGUCACAUUUGAUGCAGCCAUAGAGGCCACAAAUAAAAAAGGAAUCAUCCGCUAUGCCAUUGCGGUUGGUAACAAGCAAGUUGAAAAUGAGCUGCGCAACAUCGCUUCCUCCCCUGAAAAUGUCUUCCCCGUGGACAGUUUUAGGGCACUUGAUACUCUUCAGAACCAGCUGAAGGAGAAGAUCUUUGCCAUUGAAGGGACCUCUGGCAGUUCAUUUCAGCAAGAACUCUCGCAAGGUGGAUUCAGCAUACUCCUCACCCCAGAGCAUGUGGUGUCGGGAGCUGUUGGUGCCUAUGGCUGGGCUGGGGGUCUGGAGGAAGAGUCCUUGGGAGACCUUCCCGAAAUACAUUUCAUCAACAUAUCUUUGUCCAGGGUGGACCUAAACGACUCAUAUCUGGGCUAUGCUGUGGCACUGGCUCAUCGUGGCCAAAGGAAGUUCUAUGUAGCCGGGGCUCCACGGUACCAACAUAUUGGGAGGGUCAUCGUCUUUGAAAGGCAGAGUAAGCAGCCAAUGGCCGUCAUUGGGGGCAAACAGGUGGGCUCCUACUUUGGUGCUGAACUUUGCACUGUAGACCUAGAUGCAGAUGGGAACACGGACCUCGUCCUGAUCGGGGCUCCCCUUUACUACAAUGGGAGACAAGGAGGGCUUGUUGAGAUCCACUCCAUCAAUGGCACGGGUCGCACCAAUUACCUUCAGACACUUCGCGGGAUCUCUGGCAGCAGUCUGGGCCGCUUCGGGUCUGCCCUCUCCUCCUUGGGGGACGUGACCGGGGAUGGCCUCGCGGACGUGGCCAUUGGGGCCCCCAUGGAAGAUGAAGAGCGUGGGGCCAUUUACAUCUUCCUUGGAGAAAGAGACAGGCUGAGGGAACAGUACAGUCAGCGGAUCGCUGCCACCACUCAAUCCCCUGAGCUGAAGUUUUUUGGCCAGUCCAUCCAAGGAAGAAUGGACCUGAGUGGAGAUGGAUUGACUGACAUGGCUGUUGGGGCGAUGGGAAAUGCGGUGCUUCUUCGAUCCCAGCCCAUUUUCACCGUCAUCUCUUCGCUGAAUUUCUCGCCUCACUCAGUACCCCCAGAUGAUCCCAACUGUGCAAGCGGGGAAGUUUCAGGAGUUGGCCCACGCGGGAGCCUCUGUCUUUGUUUCACCCUGAAACUCAUCAGCACCAAAUGGACUUCUGGCGCUCUCCAAGCCUCAGUCUCCUUUGAUCUCCGUGUUGACGCCAACCAGCCUGUACCACGCCUGACUCUAGAGAAAGAGGAACGCAACAUCUCAGAAACCAUCCACUUGGGGAUGGUGCCGGUCUGUGUCAACAAGACACUUCUGGCUCAGCUCUGCUUGGAUGAUACUGUCUCUCCACUAGUGCUGAAGGCAAAUUUCUCAGUUGCAGCAGAACCAGACACCUCUGCCAGGAAUCUACAACCCAUUCUUGAACCUGGGACCAAUUUGUCCACCACCAUUGAGGUUCCUUUCCAACAGAAUUGUGGCUCGGAUGACAUUUGUAUGUCUGAUCUUCGGAUCUCUUUUAACUUUUCUGGGUCAAAGGGGCUUAAAUUGACUCCCAGUUUCAUACUGAACUUAACCGUGAAACUAGAAAAUGCGGGUGAGACGGCCUAUGAGGCAGGCCUUUCCUUCUACUAUCCGCCUAUUUUGUCUUUCCAGGGAGCUUCAGUUCUUCAGUCCAACUGGCGUCUGUCCCCUGCCUGUAAAAUGCACGGAUCCCAGGGAAACACAUCUGUCCGUCACAGCUCCUGCCGUUUCAGCCCACGGGAUCUCAAGGAAGGCAUGCAGACCCUCCUCCGGCUUUCCUUCCGUGUCUUCAGAAAUGACUCCUGGGAUGAAAAGCCUGUUUCCUUCACAGUCCGGGCCCAGAGCAAGAACGAGAAUGACACCCUGGAAGAUAAUGAGGCCACGGAGUGGCUUCCUGUACUUCACCCUGUCAAUGUCAUCGUGAAGGGGCUUGAGUCCACAAAAUACCUAAAAUUCUCUACUGAGAUGCCAGAGACCAAGAUUGUCACACACAGCUAUGAGGUCAGGAAUUUAGACAAGCGCUCCACCCCAGUCAAUGUGACCUUCAAUUUCCCCAUGCGGACUACAGUGGGCUUUUUCUGGAAUGUAACCUUGAUCCACAGUGGAGAGAGGAACCAGUUCGUAUGCAUUCAUCCGCACACCUUCCAGAUGGCAAAUGUCAAGGACUCCAAAGAACCAGCCACGAAAGGGUGUCUGGGAGCCUCUUUCUGCACCAGAGUUCGGUGUCUGAUCGCCAAUCUCUCCCAAGAGUCCAUCCUGUUCAAUUUUUCUGGGGAGUUUUACAGACCUCAAAACGAUUCCAAGCUGCGGUCCCAGACUCUCCGUCUUCGCAGUGAGGCUUCGGUGGGGAUAGAUGAGUCUAGAUUUUUCCAGAAUCAGCCAGAGGAAUUUCGUUACAGCCAGAUCACCACAGAAGUUGAGAUAAUUUCGCCAUUCAACCCCGUUCCCGUCAUUGUUGGCAGCACCAUUGGAGGCCUUGUGCUCUUAGCCGUUCUAGUGGUCGUCUUGUAUAAGUUUGGAUUCUUUAAGCGCAGCCGCAUGUCCCAAGAAGGUGACACCACAGCAGGACAAGCUGUCCCUGCCGAACAAGCGGAUCCAUCAGCUCCCCAGGCAUCGACUAACUCCUGA